CGUAGAAUGAAACCUCCACAUAAGUCCAGUUUGAUUCUAGACUAUCAUCAUACUCGUUACUUCCUUAGUGAACAAGAUGCCCGGUAUUUCAGUUCCACCCCCAAGGAGAGAUCAUCAAGUCAGAACCAAUAUUCCUACCCCGCGUCGAUCACAUCUUGCUGGAUGUAUCAUGUGGCUGCCGCGAAAAGAAGACAUUAACCUCGAUAUCGAAAUUGAGGAUGGCUGCUACAACCACCCAGUUGUGAUUCUGUCUCCGCAACCGAAGCCAAAAAUGGUCACAUUAUUACUCAUAACAUCAUUCAAUAGCACGAGUUUGGAAGCGAAGCACGCAAAUGACGUUAAGACCAGGCUCAAGCACCUUCCUAUCAAACCGGCCGAAUCUCAUCCCGACAAUGGGAAGCUACUGUUCCUGGAGGAUGAGGGACGUCCGCUUCGAAAGACUUCAUGGGUGAAGACAGAGACGCAGCAUCUCGUACCAUUGAAGGUCUUGCGCUCAUACACCCAUAAGGCCACGGACUAUUUCCUCUCACAGGAGUCGUACCACGAGCUCAUUGUCAGGGUACGGCUAGGCCGAAGGCAAUAGUACAGAGUGAUGGGGAGUAACGGGCGUCCCUCCUACGUAGCACCGGGUGGUCACUGGCGGUCUCAGGUAGGGGUGCCCACGGUGAUGCAUUGAUCUC